GUGCUCCGAUUGGUUGAACGGCCUGUCAAUCACCGCGGAGGGCGUGUUCAGCCCGGGGUCGCUGUCUGCAGGAGUCAGUAACUGUUCAGACACCGCGGAGGGAGAAAUGUCUUCAGUGCCUGACGGAAAGAAACUCGUCCGGAGCCCCAGCGGCCUUCGCAUGGUGCCGGAAAACGGCGCCUUCAACAGCCCCUUCUCCCUGGACGAGCCGCAGUGGGUCCCGGAUAAAGAGUGCCCGAGAUGUAUGCAGUGUGACACCAAAUUCGACUUCAUCAGAAGAAAGCAUCACUGUCGGCGGUGCGGUCGGUGUUUCUGCGAUAAGUGCUGCAGUAAGAAGGUGGUGCUGCCCCGCAUGUGUUUCGUGGAUCCGGUGCGGCAGUGCGCCGAGUGCGGCCUGGUCUCCCAGAAAGAGAUGGAGUUCUACGACAAGCAGCUCAAAGUGCUUCUGGGAGGUGGCACCUUCGUCGUCACUUUGGGAACGUCGGAGAAGUCUGAAACUAUGACGUGUCGCCUCUCCAACAACCACAGGUAUCUGUUCCUCGACGGUGAAAGUCACUUCGAGGUGGAGUUGUCUCGGAUCUCCAGCAUGCAGAUUUUGACAGACGGGACGAGUCCAGGAGAGAAUGACAUUCACACUUACACCAGUCUCCUGGACAGUCAGUAUAUCUCUGAAGGAGGGACGUCGCGGGCCAGCGGCAUGCUGCUUCACUACAAGCCAAUGGGCUCCCAGGACGCCCAGCAGCUCCGCAUGGAGGCAGCGGACGACAAGAAGGUGGCCUCGUUAUGGUUGGCUGCAAUGCACAAGGCGGCCAAACUGCUGUAUGAAGCUCGGGACCAGUGACGUGCAGGCAGCCUGUAAGACUCCAGGCAGCACACACCCAAGUGUUUAUACCCCGUCUCAGCGGGAGGGGGGGGGGUUUGGUAUCGUUUGGAUUUUAUUAACGCCAGUUCUGAUUCCGCUUAUCCGUCUGAUUCCUCAUCAGUUCUUGAUACCAGUUCUUAUCAUGGUAAUUUCUGCGAGAAAUGUUUCUAUAACAAAAACAAACACUUUAUUACCUCUAUAACUUUGUACAUCAUGUUUACCACAAGUAGGCUGAUUGUUCUUCUUCCUAUUUUUCUACAUUUUACAUCUCUCGGAGUUCUUUAAUCCUCUUUGAUUUAACACAUGAAUCAGGGCAUGCAGCAGUAAUGUUUCUACAGUGAGAGCGCAGGAGAAGAAGCUUUUUCAACACAAGUUAGAGUCCAUAGGUUUUUAAGUCUUCUUUUACUUUCUCAUAUUUGAGAACUGGACUUUGUGUUUGUCCGCCAUGUGAUCCUCUGAUACUUACAGUUUGUGUUUUCACACAGAAGUUGACAUAACAUCCAUAAAAUUUGACACCGUACUAGUCAUAAACCAUUUUUCAUAACUUCAGAGAUGCAGUAAAACUUCAGAUAGAGGCACAGUUGGAAAACACAACAGUUUUAUACGCUGCCGUUAAAUUAGUUUUUGUGUCAAUGAGGAUUUGAUUUCCUGGAAGAAGUGAUCAGAACACUUUAUGGAUCCCUGUUGGGAUAUUUUUACUUUUCCUUUUGCUGAGCCUCCUCCCCACAGAGGUCAGCUGAACAGCGCCAAGUAAGGAGCGAACGUCUCGCUCGAGAGACCUUCAGCAGGUCGGAUGCUCGAUGGUUGAAGCAGUUUGAGCCCAGAUCCUUCAGAUGAAGCAGGUUGAAGGACGAAUCCACCAUAAAACCCUUUAACACACAUAGAAAAGCAGCUGUACGUAAUGUACUUUGCAUUUCAGGGCCCACUUUGUUUGGUUUGUGUUAAUCUCACUGAUGACAAAGAUGUUUGCUUCAGAGGAUUUUGUUUCUUCUUCUUCAGCUGCCACAGUUUAAUAUUGCUGAAAUUGUUUUGCUGACAUUUUUUAUGGAUCUGAUUUAUUUAAUAUUGAGCAUCUGCCCGAGUCCCGAUCAGAUACAUGCAUUUUUCUAGAUAUUACAGUUGCACACUGCACACUUAAAGUACAUUAAAGUUUUAAAAUUAGUAAAUGCUUGACAGUUUAAUAGCUCAGCAAUGCAUUAAGAAAGGAUGUCUGCAUCCAGGCUUUAUAUAUUUUUACUUUUUGCUUAUAAAAGACAAGCUAAAAAUAUUUUGUAUGGCUUUUCACAGUUCAACAUUGGUUUUCUUAUCAAAAUAACCAAGUAAACAAACUAAAAGGUGUCUUUAUAAAUAGUUUUUUUUAUCAAUUCUACUUAAUGCCGCAUUGUAGUAACACUAGAACAUUCAACAUGAGUAAUUUAAUCACUACGAAACAAACUAUCCUGUGUUCUGUGAGGUAAAAUGACUCUUUUUGUUAAUGGAGUCUGGUGUAUUUGAACAGAGCGAUAUCAAGGCUGUUUGAGGUUAAACAAAAAGGAUUUCACUCUUAAACAAACCUCUCUGUAGGGAUCCUUUCUGUAACGUCAUCAGACACUUACAGUAGCAAUCUGAGCCGGUCAGUUGCAAAAACACUUUCAGUGGAUGUACUUUGACGUGCUUGUUCGUCCCCAAAAGAUUAUGUUGCAGCCUUUAAAACAGAGAGUUGGGUUUAGGUUUGUGUUCUGUAUAGCUGAUACAAAACAUAAGUUGUUUUCAGGUCUUACAAACAUAUUAGCUACAGCUCGAUGGUUGCAGAUGCUUUGGGCAGCUAUGGCUCAGGAGCAGGUUGUCAGCUGAUUGCAGGGGUUGGCAUGUGAAAGUGUCCUUGGACAACAGACCGAAGCCCAGAUUGUGUCCCUGUGGUCCUGACUUCCAUUAUAGCUCGCUGUGUGUGUGUUAGAGGGCAUUUAAUACAGGAGCAGGAGCAGGAAAUGGAUCAGAAUGAAGUGGGAGGUCGAGUUUUGAGCAUGAGUGAGGGGCAUUGUGGGAAAUGUAGGAAGAGGCAGGUUGAGGAAACAGACUUACUCCCUGAAAUGCAAAGAACAUCACAGAUUUAUUGACAGUUUAAACAGAUUUUUCCUUUAUUCCUUCCGUUUAUAUUUCUUCUCUCUGCUACAAGUAUUUACAGAUUUAAAUCUUUAGGCCUCGCCGUCUAAGGAGACUACAGACUAUUCACUGAUUCUAGUGAAGCAUUAACACACACAGACAUAAAUAAAUGCUUUAAAUGUAGUUUCAUGUAUUGAAGUUUUUGUAUAAGCUAUUUUGUUAUCUAUUCCUACUUUAACACAAAGCGUGUACGUACUCACAUAAUUUUCAAAGCUGAAGUAUGACCGUAGUUUUUGUAACAUUUGUAUUUUAUCCUUCCUCUGAACAGAGUCGGCUUCUCCUCUUUUUAUUUUCUAUUAUCGCCAUCGUCCAGAGACACAGCAUUUACGUUAGAAGAUUUCCUGUAAUGUAAAAUGUUGUAUCCUAAACACAUUUAUUGUUUAAGUAAAGCAUGAAGUGUACUUGUGAAUUUAAGAUCGAAGGAGUGUGAACUAAGUGUGACACAAAAGCCUGAACUCACCGUCCUCUUAAUAGCUUUUAUUCUGGCGCUUUCAACCACGCCUCGCAGUCUUUGGUAACAUCGUAUGUGAGACGUAUACGUGAUGCAAGCUCCAGAAAGAGCUGUAAGUGGACCUUGAGACACCCGAGUAAACACAUGAAACUAUAAAUGCACAGUUAGAUUGCAGUUGCUGACACUAUGUGCUAUAUUUAGCUCACCAAGUAUCGUUUGCUUCAUGCUUUUUUUUUUUUUUAAAUCUCGCUGGCAUCUGUGCGUCUUCCCUGUUUUUAUAACCUCAAAAGAAAGAACUUAAAAGUUGUUUAAUGGAGCACAGAACUGCGUGUUGGCCUUUUUACCUUUCGUCAUUAAAAUCUGUAUCCAAUGAAAACAACAUCCUCCACAUAAAGUUUAUUUUUAUAUACGCUGCUUCACCUAAGAAUUAAAAUCACAAGUUGUCGUUCGGUCCGAGGCGUUGAGAUCAGAGACGGAGGAAGACGAGGAGGUGUUCAAUGUACUUCCACAAGGUUUCUCCAACAACGCUGUUCUUCCAUUGUAGAGACAUUUGUUAUGAAGAUGGAUGUGAGAGCUGCACCGUUGUUUCCUUCUUUAAGUCCCUUUUGGCUGCCCACUGCACCAAAUAUUUAACACCAAUAAAGGUGCAUCGUCCCUUCAGGUUUAAAUCUAAAAAUCUAAAUCAGACCGGUGACGUUAGCAGUUGUGUUUGAUUUAGAAAUCAAUAAUAAUAAUAACUUACUGCCAGAAUGCACCGUCCUUCUAGGGUUUUUAUCCAAAAUACACAGAAAAUGUAAGUUACAGUGCAGUUUUUCAAUAUUUGUAACUGUUCAUUAAUUCUAAUAAACUGAUCCUAUCAGUGAGUUGAUGUGAGAAAAGACAGUGUUGGAUUCACUGUGCAGCCCUCUCACUCUGUCCUCAGUUAGAAGUUCAUGAUGAGUUUUUGAUGUAACGUCACCGUGACUCAGUCAGUGUUUGUACCUGCACUUUAUUCCCACCCUGAUUACAUCCUUUUUAUCCCUCCGCUUCAUUUAUUACGCUGAAGAUGCUCCACUGCACCCUCUGUUGGAUUAUUCUGUGAGAAUAAAAUCAACUGUUUGUACA